AUGAGCCUCUUUCAGACAGUUAUCAGCAUUGAUACCUCAUUAGAGAGGCUCAAAACUGCAUUAUCCCAUCUCCCAGACAAUAUACCCCUAGGAAACCAAAGAUACAACUUUGAACACUUCUCUCCCGAUCCUGAAAAGAUUGAAUUAUAUGGGACCUCGGAGGCAGCAAUCAACCAUGAGCUUGAAGUGACCUUUGCAAAAAAAGGACGAAGAGAUGACUCUGCACCUUGCCCAUUUGAGUUCGAAGAAUGCGGGCCUGGUCUCACUGCAGUGGUCGAUGUGUUACGGGCCGUGCUGCAUAAAGAUCCUAAUUCUUUGCAUCAUGUUUAUAAGAUUCCUGCUCAAAAGAUGGUUGACGUUGAACCCGAAGUGGGUGAUAACAUAGUAGAGGCCUUAACCAUCAAUCACUGUGAUUAUGUGGACGUUCCAGAACCAGUUCCAAAAGGGAAAGGGGGAUCAAUUAGCUGCCACAAGAAGAAUGACCCCAAAAAGGUUAUCAUAUUUCGCUGUGUAGGAACAGCCAAGGGGUACACGACAGCCUGGAAAUGCGAAACUCACAUCAAAAAACAUAUAUUUGGACAUGCCACUAUAUGCGAGCACAUUCCUUGUCCAAUGAAAGAGGAACUUGAUGGUGGCUUAGCUGCCGAUGCACCUUCGGCAAAAGUGGCCCACCUCCAAGCAUCCAAACCCAAGGCAGUAUCCAGUACCCCCAGUGUACCAUCAACCACAACCAAAAGAACUUCAAUGCAGCCAUCUGUGAAGCAGAUCUUAAAGAAGGCCUGUCUGGACCAGCAAACAAAUCAACUCGACGCUGACAUUGUGGAAUUAUUCUGCGUCGGAGGCAUUCCUCCCAGCAAAGUUGAUUUACCUCAGUGGAAGAUUAUGUGGUGGCACACUGUUCCCUCCUAUGAACCGGCUUCAGCCUCCAAGCUUGAAGAGUACCUGAUACCAGCAGAAGCAGGAUUUGUUCGAACCAAGCAGUUAGAACAUCUAUGGUCAUGCAAUAAUCUUAGCAUGACACUCGAUGGACAAACAACGCGCUUACCAGAGUCAGUUUAUACAGUGCACAUUAUCACACCUAUUUGCCACAUCUUCCUGUUUGAGGGCAAUGAAGCCUCUGAUGAAUCCCACACUGCUGAGCACAUUUUGAGGUCCUUAAUGAAAAAGAAAGUUCAAAAGAAAUACCCAUGGAUUAUCAACAUACCCGACCCUUGUCACCGAAUGAAUCUCCUCAUCAAAGAUAUCUGCACUAUCCCAAUUUUCCAGCCAAAGUCAACAUUUGCAAAUUCCAAGCUCAAGCAAGUGCGCAAGAAGCAAGAAAUUACCCGAGGUUUGGAUGUGAAUGACUCGUUCAUGCCCGACAUGCAUGAGUCAUUGGAGUUUCAGCUCCUUUUAUCUCAGCUUCUGGCUGUCACAGGUCCACCAGCAAAAGCAACAAAGUGCUUGGAAUCUUCGUUUGCGACUGCUGCCAAUGUAUAUGCCUUCUGGCUUGCACUUUUCAAGAAAAAUGUCAUUAAAUUGCCUGUCCAUGUCCUGGAGAAGAUACACCGACUUUCCAACUAUCGCUUCAAUCAAACCAUCAACAGUGCACCUUCAGAUACAUUUAUAGUUGCAUUUUUCUUGAUACCUCAUACAUAUGCAGCUAUCCUCAAGAACAUCAAUCCUCUCGCUCUUACACUGAUUCACAUUCAUCAUGCUAAUCUAUCAGCUUCUAUUAUGGCGGAUGACAAUGUCAUUCUGCAGCGCAUUGGCAAUUUCCUUGUGUCACAGCUACAGGUCGAAUACGAAUCAAAGGAGUACACUAUCCAUGGCCUAGAUGGUAACAUUGCUCUUGCAAAGCUCAAUGAGCAAAUUAUUGCAUAUUCAAAAGGAGCCUGGCCUUUUAAUUGUCCUCUUACUGAUGAUACAAACAUUCUCAAGUACUGGACAGGCUUCCUGGAUCACGACAAUGCCAAUAUUCUUGCGUUCUUCGGAGUCAAGAUUUUUUCAAUCACAGUCAACUCAAUGGCCGACGAAUGUGCAGCAUCAACUAUCACCUGGUUGAACUCUGCUCUCUGCAAUCGUCAGAAAAGCACUACUCUUAUUAACCAAGUCCAAAUCCGACAGUGGCAUUUAAUGACCCUUGAAAAUGUGUGUCAGAUAUCCCUCUCAUGCAGUCUAUUAUUCUUAUUGUUAACAGAAUAA